AUGUCCCGCAGCAAUACGUGGCAGAAUGCGACGUUGGCGGCCGAGCCAAGUGCUCGAUACCUCGGCAAGGAGUGGCUCAUGCAGCAAAUGUACCACAACACGCGCCAGGCGUUGGCGUUGCUUCCUGCUAUGACCUGUGACGACGAAUUUUUCCAAUUUGACUUGCAAGUGUCAGACCAACACGACGAUCUGUUCAUGGAGCGGAUACAGUGCAUAUUUCCAGGAACGCUGGCGUCCUUUCGACGAUUCGUCAAAUCCAAUCGUAUGCGUGACAUGCUCUUCAAGGGCCCCCAAGACGUGAUCGAAGAGCGCACAGCUAACACGCGACUGUUUCACUCAAUUACGACCGGUGGCGCGUUCGUGAACUCACUCCAAGGGCACUUCUUCGAAGCAGACCGGUUCAUCAUGGUCAUGCGGCAAGUCGACGAUGACGAAAUGCAUGCGUGCGGCCCGAUGCUCAGGCAGCGGCAUUACCGGUCGUGGAUGGAGGUGCGGCAGGUGUCGCCCACCCAUAUUUUAAUGCGCUAUGUCAGUCAUUUGUCGCACGUAUUUCGAGCCCACGACGGGUUUCUGAGUAUGGCCGAGCUCGCGGUGUUGGAGGGCAUCGAUGUGACGGGCAUUGACGACGACGACAAGGAUGCCUACGUGCGGCGCGAAUUCGUCCGACGGGGAAAUGACGAUUUAGUGCCUUGGCGGCAAUACCUCACGGGCUUGUUGCAGGCGUCGUUGCAACAAGACACCACACACAUAUAGACAAUCGUGAUAUCCCAUGGUACACUGUAGCGUGAACGAGCUUUGUUUAACUAACUAGCCUAGAUCCUUGACAUC